AUGAGCCAAAAUAACGAUAUUACCGAAAACAUUGAAGAACCCAGCAAGAAAUACAAAAAAACCCAAAAUGUCGUCCCUGUGGUGAUUCGUCAAGUUCUACAGCAAGCAGACGCCAACUUCACUUUAUUUGGGAUGUCUUGCCAAAUUCUGAAAUUGGUCGCCUUGGUCAAGAACAUCGAAGUUUUGUCCACGAAAAUAGUUUUUAGUAUUGAAGAUCACACCGGUUCGGUAAAAGCGAUACUGUGGCUCGAAAAUGAAAACGAAGCGGAUGACUUACCAAAUAUUAACGUCGGGAACUACAUUACGUUGUACGGAUGUUUGAGAGCGAAUAUUAGGGAAAAACUCAUCGCGGCUGUACACAUAAACGUUAUAACCGAUUGUAACGUGAUCACGACUCAUUUGUUGGAAGUUAUCGCGGUUCGUUUGGAUGCCGAGGCGAAAAGUAAAGAGAAAAUAGAUAUUAGCAUAAGAAACAAUCCUUGUGUGGAUUUGGCUAUGUCUAUGGGUUUCUUAGAGCCUGAAGUUGCGGAAAAUGAGCCAGUUCCUUUGAGUAAAAUGCAAACAAAAAUUUGCGAAAUUUUGGGCAAAUAUAAAGAUAAUCCUGUGGGAGUGCACUUUACUGAAAUUGUUAACCAGUUUCAACCUCAUCAAAAAAGAGAAAUGCUCAAUGCCCUACAAUACCUUUUGGAGGGAGGUUACGCCUAUUCUACAAUUGAUAAUGCCCAUUUUAAGUUAACUAAUACCAGUUUGUUAUAAAGAGACAAAGAAUGUUAAAACAUAAAAUAAAUGUUGUUUGUUGAAUAAGAUUUGUUAAAUUAAAUAUUAAAUAAUAAUGAA